AUGGAAUCAGAAAAUGGUAUUGAAGACGAUUCCACAUGUGAUACAUAUCAAAAUGGCGUUGAAGAGGAGGAGCAGGAGCCGCUUCAGGAGAUGGUGCUGGACUUGAUUGACGAAGAUGCGGUUGAAGGAAAUGGCUACAAAGUUGAUUCUGAGGAUCAAUUUCCUUUUGCAGAUGAGGGGGAAGAAGAUGAAUUUGAAGCUGAAGAAGAACGUGAGUUUGUUUACUUUAGAUUGAUAUUGUUUUAGGCAAGCUGCUGUCCCCGUUCGUCGCUCCAAAUCAAAGGCCGGAUGCACCUUUGUGUGGUAUCCUAGCAGACGAGUACCAACACAUAGAUCCGAGGUAUGUUUUGUAUCGGUUUUUUAUAUUAGUAUUCUAGACUUUACAUCUCCGAUUUUCGUUUCGACGGUCCCUUGAGGUUUUCGCGUGUUUUCGGCGUGAAUCCGCGAACUUUGGCUAAGAACUUGAUAUGGUGGCCGUCGAAAACGUUUAAGAAAAAGGACAGUGUUGCUUCUGAUGAGCCGGUAUUGUCUCCAAAGAAAGCGGACUGUGUAGUAGAUCAAACACAGUUGUUUUUGGACCCAGACUUAGAGAGCAAGUUGGCCAUAAAACAAAAGGCCAAUGAAGAAGAGGAUGAAGCUCCGUCUUGGAGGUUUGGACCUGCACAAAUGUGGUAUGAUCAAAUGGGAAUCCCGGAGAAACCUAAGAAGUUUGAUUACGGAUUCAAAUAUCAAAAGGUAAUAUUUUAGGUAACAUAAUUAUAGAAUGCUAAAUUUAUACUUUUAAUUUUUUAGUAAACAAUUUGAUUUAUAGGGGAAUAAGAAACCAAAAGCCAUGUUUGACCUGCCAGAAGACAGCUUGCUGCCCGUUAACUUCACUCGUUGGGAAGAUGAUAUUAUAAUGGAUAUCUCAGAGAAAGCACCAAGCGAUUUUAGGGUAGAACAAGUCCCAAAGUACGGAUGGGUGAAUACUGUAAAUACAAGGACGUUAAAGUUGUACAGAAGUUGCUGUAAGUAGAGUUUAUGUUUAUAUUAUUGUGUUUAGGGUCGGAUGAUUCGUCCACGAGGACGUUGGAUGAACUACAACAACGUGUGAAGAACGAUAUUGACGAUUGUUAUGGUCCGGAUGGUAGCCGGUCUAUCUUUCCACUAGUCAAUGAAGAAGUCGAGUCAAUUCCAUGGGAAAACGAUAUUAUAAUAGACCCGGAUAACAUGACUUCGGUUUUGGGUAAGAUUUCUCUAUUUUUAAAGAUAUUAUUAACCUAUUUUUUAAAGAUAUUAUUUACUAAUGAUUAGUUUGUUUUUUAAUUUCUGUUUUUAGAACCUAAAACAUUGACCUUGAUGUACGAAGAAGAUCCUAUUGUUUACGGCACACCUGAAGACGUACCAUCUGAUGACAGGAAAGAAGAUCGGCAUUACGACAAACGAGUGAGUUGUAAUAAACUGUUAUUUUGGGUUUAAUAUAAUAUAAUAGUUAACUUUAACUUCAUAAUGGUUUUAGGAUCAACAAUUUACGAAAAAAUCAAAAAUGAUAUUGGGCCAAGUCCAAAGGCGGCAGAAGCAAGAAGAAGAAGAACAACUCGAGAGUACGAUCGCUCAGAUUGCUGACAAAGAUCCGUUUAACAUGAGCAACGACGACUACUAUGCUCCCAAAACAACGCAGCGCAAUAUGAAUGGCACCAACAUUCAGCAUUCGAUCCCAGCUCAGAACAUUCACCGUGCCUUUUUCCCUACAAACUUGAACUCCUUUAAACUACGACAUCUUCACAGAAUGCCGUUGAUGAAGAAGGUGAUGAGGGACAUGCUCAGCCAGAACUUACCCAUCCACAACUUGGUGAAACAUAUCAAGAAAGCUGACGAACAAAGGAGGAGACAGAAGAUCGCUGAAUGUGGCGGAGACAUCUUCUACAUGAGGACGUUGGCUGAUCUGUCUGGACGUGAUGGACGUCUGAUCAUGGUGGAAUACUCUGAAGAACAUCCACCGCUACUCAGUCAGCCAGGCAUGGCAUCGAGAAUCAGGAAUUACUACAAAAGGGUGGGUUCUCUUUUAUUAUCUCAAUACCUAAUUUGACUUCAAUUUAAAAAUUUUAUUUAUUUUUUUUCAGAAAGCUCAGAAGGACGUCGAGCCUGAAAUGGAGUUUGGAGAAUCAGCCUUCGCCAUGAAUGCUCAAUUUCUGGGUAAUUUAGCACCUGGACAGUGUCUACAGGCAAUCGAAAAUAACAUGUACAGAGCCCCCAUAUACCAACACAAACCAUUACAUACGGACUUUUUGUUGGUCAGGAACAAAAAUGGGUAAGUAUUAUCUUGCAAAAGUUUACCCAACGUAAUAUUGUUUAUGUAAUACCCAGUUUAAUAAAAUACUUCAGAAUUUACAUACGCGAGUGUCCCACCUUAUUCGUAGCUGGUCAGGAAUGUCCUUCCUUUGAAGUUCCUAGUCCAAAUUCAAAGAAAGCAUCCGUCUUUGUCAGGGAUUUCUUAUUGGUAAGUAACGACAGAACACAACUAAAUAUUAUUUUAGGCAUUCAUAUACCGGUUGUUUUGGGCAAGUGACCAACAGCCUCGUCGGUUGAAGAUGGAUGACAUCAAGAACGCCUUCCCCCAUUACGCCGAGAGUUCAGUCAGGAAAAGACUAAAACAAUGUUCAGACUUCAAAAGGCUGGGCGCAGGUACAGAACAGAACUACUGGGUAGUCCGAGAAGACUUCCGAUUGCCUAGCAAAGAAGAGGUGUUAAGUAUGGUGACUCCAGAAAUGUGCUGCGCUCAAUACAGUAUGAUGUCAGCCGAACAACGCCUGAAGGACGCUGGAUACGGAGAAAAGUACUUUUUCACACCAGAAAACGACGACGAUUCAGAUGAUCAAGUUACUAUUGAAGACGAAAUAAAAUGUGCUCCCUGGAACACAUCUCGAGCAUUCAUAUCGGCUACGAAGGGAAAGUGUCUGUUAGAUCAGUCGGGGGUGGCUGACCCAACUGGUUGUGGACAAGGCUUUUCCUACGUGCGGGUUUCGGCAAAGCCUCAGAAGGAAGACGUUCCUCAGAUCCCGAAACGACUGGUAACAGGCACGAAUGCAGAUUUGAGGAAGCUGCCGCUGAAAGAAGCCAAGGAGAUCUGUAGGUCGUAUGGAGUUAAGGAAGAGGAGAUCAAUUCCUUGACUCGGUGGGAAGUAAUUGAUGUCAUCAGGACAUUGUCAACACAAGCAGCAAAAGCUCGAUCCGACUUCAGUGGUGCAGGUAAGCUCAAGUAAAUGCAUUAAUCAUUAGGAAACGUUUUCAAGGUAUUUUAGGUAGAUUUAAAUUCCGGUUUUCACAUAUAACUUUUAGGUAUGGCCAGAUUUGCUCGUGGAAACAUCAGAUUCAACUUUGCUGACAUGCAAGACAAAUACAAGAAGUACUGUCAGAACGUGUUUGACCUUCAGAAUCAGGCUUUAUCGUGUGAAGAUAUUGUUAGUACUGAUGAAGGCUCUGACAACGAGGAUUCUGAUAAUGAAGACAUGGCUAGUCGGUUGGAGAAGAUUUUGGAUGGAAAUGAAAAGAACGCUUUAUCUAAAACAAUAAGACAAAAGGUGGAAAUGGAGGACGAGGAGCGGGAACGAUUGGCACUACAGAAGAUGAUCAAAGGAAGUACUAACAAAGCACCAGAGAAGAGCAUUCAGAAGGAAGCUGAAUUGGCACAGAAUCAGGCUACAGUACCGCGAAAACUGAAGAUCUACAGAACUGUAAAGUCAUCAGAAGGCGUGGAAUCGGUAAGUCUAAGACAUCCUGCUUUAUAAAAAACGUUACAUUCUAAUUGUAACAUUACCGGUUUUAGACAAGGGUAGAAGUGAUCAACAAUCCUCAUGUCAUCGAUGCGUACCUUGGUGUACGACACAACCGUGACUUAGCUUGGAUCAAGGUAUAUGCCGAAAUGGACGAACAAUACAAAGAAGUGAGUAAUUUUUAACCAAGUUGUGAUACUUAUAUGUUUGGGAUAAGUCAACAUUACAAGCAAUUUUUUAAUGCAAAAAUUUAGGAACGCCGUAAAGAGAAACGACGACUACAAGAUCAAUUGAGACGAAUCAGAAGGAAUGAGAUGCGACAGAAGAUGCACACACAGAUCGGUCGGCCACCAAAGAAGAAGCCAGAGAAGGAGAAGAAGGUGGUACCUAUCAAGCCCAGUCUUCAGAAGAUGAGGUGUAGUGCUUGUGGAGGAAAUGGUCACAUGAAAACCAACAAGAACUGUCCUCUGUAUGGCAAAGAUACCAAGGCUGAGAAAACUGUCGGAGAUCUUUUGGUAGGUAAUAGAACGUUUUUAGUAUAAGUGCUAUGUACAUUAUGAAUUAAUCAAACACUUUUAAUGUUAACUUCAGAACACAACUAAUCCCAACGUCGAUCUGGAUGGCCUAAGCUUGGCUAGCGGAGAGCUAUUUGAACUGGAAGGAACUCGACUCAAAGUGUCCACAAAGUUCUUCAAACACGCCGAACAACAAGACAAGAUGCCCCUAAAGUAAGUAAUAUAAAAAAAUUAAUAUGUCUUUCAGGUUGCGUAUCCCCAAGCAUCUAACACAGGGCCAGAUGACCAAUUCGCCAGAAGAAACGAAGCAGCAAGAGUUGGUGGAGGAUGAUCAGUUACCUGGACCAUCGAACCGCUUCGACCUCCCUUCUCCAGCUUCGACCGUUGUCAGUCAGUCCAACAGAAAGAAUCGACGCAAAAUAAACCUUGAUGACACGGAAUACCUCAUGGGACCUAUGAAGUCAGUCCACCGAAGAAGAGCCGAUCCACGGGUAUCGUUGUCUACAUUGUUGUUGGAAAUCUUCAAUGAAAUAAAGUCCAUCGAAGGGGUAGAUCCAUUAAUGCAGCCAGUAAAUCCCAAACUUGUAAGUUAUCUUGACAUUGAUACUUCUUAAUACAGUACCAUUAUAUCUUCUUGCUUGAUUAUUAAAAAGGAAAUGUUAGUUUAGGUGAAAGACUACUACGACAUCAUUGCGAACCCAAUCGAUCUCCAGAAAAUCCGAAAGAAUAUCAAUGAUAACAAGUACGAACUCAGGCGGCAGUUCAUGACAGACCUCGUGCUGAUGUUGGACAAUGCCAAGAAGUACAAUGGACCCGCUCAUCCGAUUACUGUAGCUGCCAACAAGGUGUUCGAGUUGGCCUGCAGACGGAUUGCUGACCAUGAACAACGUCUGAUUGAACUGGAAAAGGCCAUCAACCCUCUGCUGGAUGACAAUGACAUGGUCGGCUUCUCUUACAUUCUGGGAGAUAUUGUACAAAGUUGUAAGAAUCUUCCGAAGAGCGCCGCUUUCCAUGUCAAGGUGGACACUAAGAAGGUAAACUUUAGAGUUUUGGUAAUAAACUGAUUUAUUCUUUAGCUUCCUCACUAUUUGGACAAGAUCAACCGUCCUAUGGAUUUGGGGACAAUCGAACAACAAGUCAAAGACAAGUUCUACAAAAACAUUGACACUUUCCUCGCCGAUAUUAAACAGGUAUGUGUAAUAUGAAUUGUGUUAGGUACUUUGUUUUUGUCUCCUUAUAAAUCCAUUUUAAGACAAUUGUAUUUAAUACAAUUAUUUUACAGAUUUACGAUAACAGUGCCACGUUCAACGGACCAGAAUCUCCUUACACGCUUAAAGCUAAAGACAUCUACGAUCACGCUAAGGUCCUGGUGAUGGAGAAGGAAGUCCAACUCAAAGAGCUCGAGGCCAGAAUUGCCAAGACAGAAGCCAACGAGCAACAGGCCAACUUCAUUUCUGAUGUCGAAGACGAUAUGACACGGGACUCGCUUCCCACUAUGGAAGAUACGACCAUGUUCCCAGACGAGGAAUCUAUGGAUGCCUGGAGUAACAUGGACUUGUCGACCAGUAAAAUGCAACAGGAAGGACAGCUGAAUGCUGAUCUCGAACUCAGCGACACGGAUUCAGAAGACGAAGGCGGGAGCCUCGCCAAACGGAUGCGAGUCGACGAUGACUUAGAUACUCUUUAA